UUCUAUUUGUGGGUCGAGGCGCUCCAUAAACCGCCACUGAAAUUUUUGUUAAAAGAAUCAUCCUUCUCCCGCAGUCUGAGAUUUAUUCGAAAUGGAAGACAAUAAAACCCUAAUAAAACAACAACCGCAACCAGAGCUUGAAGCCGACGAAUUCCGAGAAGAGUUCAAAUGCUGUGUUUGCCUGGAUCUUCUUUACAAGCCAGUUGUAUUAGGCUGCGGCCACAUUUCAUGUUUCUGGUGUGUCUUCAAUGCCAUGAAUGCUGUUCGUGAGUCCUAUUGUGCAGUUUGUCGGCGCCCAUAUAAUCAUUUUCCUAGUAUCUGUCAGUUGCUGCAUUUCUUACUCCAGAAGUUGUAUCCUGAAGCAUAUAAGCAACGGGAAAAACAAGUGAGAGAAGAAGAAGAGGAAUUUGGUUACUUCUCACCUCAAUUUGAUAAUCCAUUAUCUGGAUCACAUCCUACUGAGGAGUCAAAUAUUCUGGACAAUGUUCAGUCAAAGAACUCUGAAAGUUGUUCGUCUGGGGUAGGAGGAUCUCCUUCAUUUGUAAAUUCACCAGAAACUACGUUAGAUGAUGAAGCUAAUAGUAAAAGGCCUACAACAUCUUUAAAGAAUGUUGAAGCUACUGGAAAUGCAGCCAUCAAAGAAGACUGUUUGCAUGAUUGUGGUCCUGAAAAUGGAACUCACAAUAAGGUUUCUGUUUCUGAUCUACUGUGUGCUGCAUGCAAGAACCUGCUCUUUCAACCUGUUGUUCUCAAUUGUGGCCAUGUAUAUUGUAAAUCCUGUAUCAACAUCCCAGUUGAUGGAGUUUCUAGGUGUCAGAUUUGUCAAAGCAUGCAUCCGAAUGGAUUCCCUAGUGUUUGCUUAAUUUUAGAACAUUUCUUGGAGGAGCAAUAUCCUGAAAUAUAUGCACAGAGACGAUCAUCUUCAAUAAAACAAGCUGAUUUGCAUGCUCGUCAACGUGCUGGCCAGCCAGUGUCAACGCUUUCUGAUGAUUACUUAUCCGGCUGGUCUGGGGUCGGGCAGCAUGUUCAUUUUGGAAUUGGUUGUGAUUGCUGUGGGAUGUCUCCAAUUAUUGGGGAGAGGUACAAAUGUAAAGACUGCAUGGAGAAAAUGGGUUUUGACCUAUGUGGAGCAUGCUAUAAUGCUCCUUUUAAGAUCCCUGGACGAUUCAAUCAGCAACAUAAACCAGAGCACGUGCUUGAGCUUGUACCACCACCGAUAAUACAUAUGCAAAUGCUUGCCUACGAGUCAGAUGAAGAUGGUGCCGAAUUUCAGGACAACCUAGAUAAUAUCCCUGCCGCUCCCAUUCCACAAGAUCCAGAAAAUGGCCCUAACAAUGUGCAAAAUGUUUAUCCUGCUUUUGUAAUGUCAGUUGAUAACUUAGAUCCAGAUGAUGAUUCUGAUGGCGGUGCUUCACCAGAUGUGAUUCAAGAAUGCGAAGGUACCAACCAGCCUAGAAACUAACUAUUUUCAAAUUCUUGUUAGAUACAUUUACCCAAAACAACGAAUCAUGUGUCAAAUUUUUAUGGUUUGAUUUUGUUGAAUGAGAAAUGCAUGAAGAAUUUAGGUUACUUUUUCUGUGAGGAUGAGGCUUUUCACUCCCAUCAAUAUUCAGCAAAUAGAUUAGAGAUACCAAUAGCCAACACCUUGGCAUUUUUUUUCUUUUGGGUCAAGAACAGUUGCAUUAUUCUUUUCAUGUUCACCUUUGUUGCAAAAUAAAGAGGUGAACUUUGUAGAUCUCAAAGGUACUUUGUCAUAUCAAUUGAUUGUAUUUGAUUAAAUUCCCUGCAUUAUAUUUUUUCGGUUGAUCAUGUCGUUGCACCAAUAUAUAUGUAACCAAGUUGUAACUUGUACACAUCAGAAUGUUGUGGCUUCAAUUACGGACUCUGU